GGGCUCCAGCCUCCUGCAGCCCCAGCCAAGCUAAGGUAAGCUCCAUCUGCUUCUGAUACACACACUCACACACAAAGCAGCAGCCAGCAUCAGCAGCAGCAGUGUGAAGCAAAAAUCUCUAUCUCUCUCUCUCCUCACUAAAGCACAAAUCCUACUCUUAUCAUCCUGUCUUCUUGCCUCCCUUCUGCCUCCUGCUCACCAAGCUUCCCACACAAACCCAACAAGAGAGUGAGAGAGGAGCAAAAGCUUUGGCUGGCCGUCCCCCCUGUUAAAAUGUGAUGUCCAAUCCAUGGGAUUGCGUCUAGUUUAGUCCCCCACUCCUCUCCUGGUUAUGGGAUCCGGCGAGGUGGAUGGACGCGCAUUGGAGCAGCAACAGUAGCGGCGGGGAAGAAGGCGGCGGGGGAUCUGGAUCCGAGGCACCACCACCACCGGGUCACCCACGGCGGCGACGGCGGCGGCGUAGGAGGAGGAGGAAGCGGGGGACAGGAGGAGGCAGAUGAGCAGCAGCAGCAGCAGCACGACCACCACCGGCUUCUCCAGCUCCACCACCACCAGGGUGUGCAGCAGGACCAAGAACCGCCGCCUGUUCCCGUCUUCCACCUCCAGCCGGCGUCCGUGAGGCAGCUGUCGGGCUCCUCCGCCGAGUAUGCCCUUCUCUCGCCCAUGGGCGACGCCGGCGGCCACUCCCACCACCACCAACACGGCUUCCAGCCUCAGCUCCUCUCCUUCGGUGGCGUCGGCCACCACCACCACCUGCAUCAGUUCACGGCGCAGCCACAGCCCCCCGCCGCGUCCCACACUCGGGGUCGUGGAGGUGGAGGUGAGAUUGUCCCCGCGACGACAACUCCACGGUCGAGGGGCGGAGGCGGCGGCGGCGGCGGGGAGAUCGUGGCGGUGCAGGGCGGGCACAUUGUGCGGUCGACAGGGCGGAAGGACCGGCACAGCAAGGUCUGCACGGCGCGCGGGCCGCGCGACCGCCGCGUGCGGCUGUCGGCGCACACCGCCAUCCAGUUCUACGACGUGCAGGACCGGCUGGGCUACGACCGCCCGAGCAAGGCGGUGGACUGGCUCAUCAAGAACGCCAAGGACGCCAUCGACAAGCUCGACGUGCUGCCGGCGUGGCAGCCCACUGCCGGCGGCGCAGGCGCGGGCAAUGCCGCCGCGCCGCCGUCCUCCUCGACCCACCCCGACUCCGCCGAGAACUCCGACGACCAGGCGCAGGCCAUCACCGUCGCGCACACCGCCUUCGACUUCGCCGGCGGGGGCAGCGGCGGGACCAGCUUCCUCCCGCCGUCGCUCGACUCGGACGCCAUAGCCGACACGAUCAAGUCCUUCUUCCCCAUGGGUGGCACCGCAGGCGGGGAGGCAUCGUCGUCCACCACGGCGGCGCAGUCGUCGGCCAUGGGUUUCCAGAGCUACACGCCUGACCUCCUGUCCCGCACCGGCAGCCAGAGCCAGGAGCUCCGGCUGUCGCUGCAGUCCUUACCAGACCCCAUGUUCCACCACCAGCAACAUCGCCAUGGCGGCGGCGGCGGCGGCGGCAAUGGCACCACGCAGCAGGCGCUCUUCUCCGGCGCCGCCAAUUACUCGUUCGGCGGCGGAGCCAUGUGGGCCACCGAGCAGCAGGCGCAGAACCAGCGCAUGCUGCCGUGGAACGUGCCCGACCCCGGCGGCGGCGGCGGCGCCGCCUACCUGUUCAACGUGUCGCAGCAAGCGGCGCAUAUGCAGGCGGCGGCUGCGGCGCUGGGUGGCCACCAGAGCCAGUUCUUCUUCCAGAGGGGACCCCUUCAGUCCAGUAACCAGCCCUCCGAGCGAGGAUGGCCGGAGACCGUCGAAGCCGACAACCAGAUGAGCCACCACCAAGGAGGGCUGAGCCCCUCCGUGUCGGCGGCCAUCGGUUUUGCCGCUCCCGGCAUCGGCUUCUCCGGCUUCCGCCUCCCCGCGAGGAUACAGGGCGACGAGGAGCACAACGGCGGCGGCGGCGGCAAUGGCGACAAGCCGCCGCCGCCGUCGUCUGUCUCCUCGGCUUCUCACCACUGACCGCAGCAGUGGCGAGCAGAUGACUUCACCACCACCAAUCCACCAUGAGCAAACACCACACCAUGUACCAGACUAUCAGCUAGCUCCUCCACUUCCAUCACGGAAUUGUCGAUUGCAUUCGGGAGGAGCAAAGUUUGGAGGUAGCACAAGUGCACUACUACUGAUGCUACUACAUAUCGGUUGGUUGGUUGGUUGGUUUUCCAUCGAUCUCUUCUGCUGCUGCGCAUGUCAUUGGUUUUUGUUUCAAGAAUUCACUCGGAGCUUCUUAGAAUUAGGCUUGUGAGAAUGCAGCAACACGAUGGCAAGCUUUAGCUUAGCUUAGCAAGCCUCUGUGUCUGUUGGCUGUUGCGUUGCGCUAGGUGUAGUUGAUCGAUGUAGGUUCGAGCUUGCUUUGCUUUGUUUUGAUUUUUACUCUUUUGUUGCUGAUGCAUGGACAUGCUUUUGCUUCCUCCUGUGGGUUCAGGAGCAGUUGCUACUAGACCGAUGUUGUUCUCAAAACUGAUAAGUGGGAUGGUGAUGGAUUGGGAGAGGAGCCUAUCUUUCAUCUUUUCCAAAA